AUGAAUAAACGUGAACAAGAUAAGGAAAGUGAUAUGAAUGAAGAAGAUAAGAGUUUGCAGGAAGAACUGUUACAAGCGGUUGACGUAUUAAAAGGUAAAGACGAGACAGCAAUGUUGCUAUCGUUAAAUCAUCUAAGAAUGCUAAUACGCACAUCUACGACUUCAAUGACUUCCGUUCCAAAACCUCUUAAAUACUUAAGACAUUUUUAUUCGAGCUUGAAGAGAUCGUACGAAAGACUCGAACGAAAGGAAGUAAAAAUACGUUUUGCAGAAAUUCUGAGUGUGCUCGCUCUAGCCGGAGCCACUUCAGCAUUCAGGGAUUGCUUAAAUUUUUGCAUCAGGGGAGAGGUGAAUAAUCCCGGUGAAUGGGGCCAUGAAUAUGUGAGACAACUCGAAACAGAAAUCGUUGACGAAUGGACAAAUGCGCCGAUCAAAGAGGAGAAUGAGAUCAGAAAACGUCUUACACCGUUAAUUAAAAGCAUCAUCGCAUUUGAUAUAAAACAUAACGCAGAGAUACAAGCAUGUGAUCUGUGCUUGGAGAUUGAUGAGCUGAAUUUCCUCGCGGAACAUUUGGAUUCCACAAACUUUGCACGAGUGUGUCAUUAUUUAAUUAGCUGCGCGGCUUACAGUGAGGACACGGAAAGAAGACAAAUAUUAGAAUUCGCCACAGAGCAAUAUCUGAAGUUUAACGAAUUUACAAGAGCAAUUUUGAUAGCACUGCAACUUGCAAAUUCAGAACUCAUUUUCAAGUGCUUUAACGCUUGUCCUGACUCUUUGAUGAGAAAUCAACUAGCCUUUAUCCUCGUCCGACUGCAAGAUCAACCCUUAAAAAUACAAGAGUAUCAAGGAAAUGACGUCAAAGAUAUAGAGGCGAUUUUUAGCAACGGUCACGUGAAUACUCACUUCCAAAUCCUUGCCAGAGAACUUGACAUACUCGAGCCGAAACUUCCGGAAGAUAUUUAUAAGAGCUGGUUAAUGAGUGGAUCCAGACAAAUCGAACACAAUUCUGCGAGAGCGAAUUUGGCGGCGAGCUUUGUUUCUGGUUUCGUACAUGCAGGUUUCGGCGAGGAUAAAUUGAUGGCGAAUACAUCUGAAUGUUGGGUGUACAAAAAUAAGGAACAUGGAAUGUUGUCAGCUACUGCUUCUCUGGGCUUAAUACACAUGUGGGAUGUCGACGGUGGAUUAGUUCCUAUCGACAAAUAUUUGUACACGAACGAAGAUUACAUAAAGUCUGGUGCCUUGCUGGCUAUCGGACUGGUAAAUUGUGGAGUUCAUAAUGAAUGCGAUCCCGCUCUGGCGCUUCUCAGCGAUUACGUGAACUCGAGCAGUCAGAUUCUUCGCAUCGGGGCCGUCUUGGGUUUAGGUCUGGCUUAUUCUGGAUCCAGAAGAAAAGACGUUACUGGAUUUCUUUCUGAAGCUUUAGCCGAUGAGCAAAAUAAUAUGCAAGUGUUAUCAUUAAUUGCCAUCUCCUUGGGCCUUGUAAAUGUAGGCUCGGGAGAUUCCGAUGUGUCUUCGACUAUUCUGUUAAAAUUAUUGGGAUUAUCUGUGAAGGAACUUGCCAUUACGCAUUCCAGAUUUUUAGCGUUAGCUCUGGGAAUGAUUUACAUGGGAACUCGAGACGCCAUAGAAACACCAUCCGCAGCACUUGAAGCUCUGCCAAAACCGUACAAUUUUAUGUCGCAAACUAUGCUACAAAUUUGCGCGUACGCGGGCACCGGUGAUGUUUUGAUAGUACAAGAACUAUUAAGAAUCUGUUCGGAAACAAAUGAGGAAAUAACGAGUGUAAAAACCACACCUGAAAGCACUCCGACAUCAAGCUGUUGCGAUCAAAGAGAAUCGCAAAAUAGUUCUGCCACGUUAGAGAAGAAUAAAAAGGCUGACAAUCAAACUGACGAGUCUGCUAAAGAUAUUGGAGCGCCGCAGGCAAUAGCAUUUCUUGGAGUAGGAAUAGUUGGGCUUGGAGAAGGGAAGGAAAACUCGAGAAUUUUUGGUCAGAUCGGAAGAUACGGUCCAACGCCAGCGCGACGAGCUAUGCCACUCGCGAUGGCUCUAUCCUCUCUGUCGAAUGCCGACCCAGCAGUUCUCGACGUGUUGAACAAAUACAGCCACGAUCACGACGCCGACGUUGCCCUCAAUGCGAUCCUCGCCCUCGGUCUCGUAGGCGCCGGUACGAAUAAUGCACGAUUAGCGACGAUGUUGAGACAAUUGGCGGCUUAUCACGCGAAAAAUCCGUCUCACCUGUUCCUCGUACGCAUCUCUCAGGGUCUGGUGCACUUGGGCAAGGGUACUUUAUCCUUGUCGCCCUUGCGAUACGCCUCGAAAGUCGUAGAUUACACCGCCUUAGCUGGGCUGAUGGUUGUUCUCGUUGCAUGUCUAGAUUGCAAAAAUCUUAUACUAUCGCAGUCGCAUUAUUUGCUGUAUUGUUUAGCGGUUGCGAUGGAGCCAAGAUGGCUAGUUACCGUCGACGAAAAUCUUAAGAGUUUGCCGGUAUCGGUGAGAGUCGGUCAAAGUGUGGAUGUUGUGGGAAAAGCGGGUAAUCCAAAAUCCAUUGUCGGUGGUCACGUACAAACUACACCGGUGUUACUGUGUGCAGGUGAAAAAGCAGAAUUAGUGUCGGAUCAGUACACAUCGCUUUCCAGUGUGCUGGAAGGUUUCGUGAUCCUUCGCGAGAAAGUAUAAUGUGUUGUUUCUACCCGUGCGCGAUUUAAAUGCGCGGUGUAAAUAUUUUAUAGCAGGCUAUAGUAGAUUAAAAGGAUUUUCAUUUAACAUUCUGCGGUGACUACUUGGAUUGUCUUUCGAUUUGACCGCAUCUUCUUUAGGAGAACAAAGUCACACAUUAAAAAAUUUUUUCUUUAACAGACAGAUCUAUGUAAAAUAAAUUAGGGAAAGAAAAUAUUGUGCAUGUAGACUGUUGCGCGAUAUUUGCUGAUUAAUGAUCAACGAAGUGGUAACAAUGGCUGACAAAUGCUUAGAUUUUUCAUACGUUUGCAUUUAUUUAACUUUAGGGACUAGCGGAAGCAAUGUGCUCUAUACAACAGAAACAUACAUUGGUUCGCGUUACACAGUGGGAACAAUAACGUUGCACCAUGAUCAAAAAGACCGGACACAUGACAAAAAAAAUUAACAAAACCGGCCGGGAAAAUCGUUCAAAUUGCAAUAAACUGUAAUAAAAUUAAGAGCCAAUUACGCGAAUAAAAAUAUAUUCAUAAAAAAAUGUAAAUUUUAAAUAACAAAGAUAACGAAAUAAUUAAUUGCGAUCAUGGAGCACGUUAGCUUUUCUUUGUGAUAAAGCGGUUACCCAAGCAACACAAUAGUUUAAGAGAGACGUUUAAAAGAUCAUCACCAAGUGAAAAAUCGGAACGUAUUGCCGGACAGCUAAUCGGGAUCGUGUUGCCUUGGUAGGAAUUGUAAGUGUUACACAAAUGUACAGCGUGCUUAGGACGCUCUGUAAGACUAACGAUUCCUCUCUCGCGUGAAAUGUCCCAUGACAUUCGCUUAGUAGGCACAUGAUUUAAGGGUAAGGAGGCGAAAUGUGUGUAUGUAUAGUAAAACGCAGUUAAUUCGAUAAAAUAUCGCAUGCGCGUCGACAAUACAAUAGUUUGGUGACUUCGUUUAAACGAAUGUAUCAAUCUUAUCGGACGCAUGCGUAUCCGAAAUACGUGUAAUAAACGCAUGUAUGAUAAUCAUACACGGUUGGCGUAACAGGCGAUACGUCGUAUGUUUUUUUUCAACUAUAUGAAAAUUCAACUUUAUUCGCUUUGAAUAAAUCCGCUCUAUUUAAUGAACGCGCGUACGUUCGGUAUAUUUAGCUUGCUGCACCUAUUUCUUCGAAAUUUUUUAAAUUCUGCGCAGGACCUAAUUUAAGGGUGGAGGAUAUAAUUGCCGUGUAUUUAUAAAAUUAUUUUAGUCGGUAGUAAAUAUCGAUAACAUCUGAACAUUGUUCAAUUUAUAUUUCGAAAGUAGCAUAAAACAAGUUUUGAAAUAGAAUAAAACUCGAGAUAAGAGUGACUUGCACGAAAUGCCUUUCUUUUUUUUAAAAUUUUUGUGAAUAUGCUUUUUGAUGUCAUACAUCAACAUU